GCUGCAGCAGCUGCAGCGGCAUCGGAGGAAGAGGAGGCGGAAGGGCGGCCUGAGCGCAGACGCAGCAGCCGGGGCCAGCCGGGCACAGGCCUGCACAUUCCCUGAUGGCCCACAUGCCAGGGGUCCCAGGGGAACUGGACAACAUGGAGGGGCCUCCCUCGAUCAACAACAAUAACCCCACCCGAUGGGAGAGCCCCGAACGGGCUUGGGAUCGGGAACCCCCAGCAGCCCCAGCAGUAGCUUCUGGGUCAGGCAACGCAGCUGCCUCUCUCUUUGAGUGUUCCAGGAUCAAGGCCUUGGCAGAUGAGCGGGAGGCAGUACAGAAGAAGACUUUCACCAAAUGGGUGAACUCUCACCUGGGACGUGUGGGCUGCCGCAUCAGUGACCUGUAUGGAGAUCUGCGAGAUGGUUAUGUGCUUACCCGCCUUCUGGAGGUGCUAUCAGGGGAGCAGCUGCCACGGCCCACUCGGGGCCGGAUGAGGAUCCACUCCCUGGAGAAUGUGGACAAGGCACUGCAGUUUCUAAAGGAGCAGCGUGUUCACCUGGAGAAUGUGGGCUCCCAUGAUAUUGUGGAUGGGAACCACCGGCUCACCCUGGGGCUGGUCUGGACCAUCAUUCUUCGCUUCCAGAUUCAGGUCAUCAAGAUUGAGACAGAGGACAAUCAGGAAACACGGUCUGCCAAAGAUGCCCUGUUGCUUUGGUGUCAGAUGAAGACAGCGGGUUACCCUGAGGUGAACAUUCAGAAUUUCACCACUAGCUGGAGGGAUGGCCUGGCCUUCAAUGCUCUGAUCCAUCGACACAGGCCAGACCUAGUGGACUUCAGCAAACUCACCAAAUCCAAUGCCACCUACAACUUACAGCGGGCGUUUCACACUGCUGAGCAGCAGCUGGGGCUGGCCCGUCUACUUGACCCAGAAGAUGUGAAUAUGGAAGCUCCAGAUGAGAAAUCCAUCAUCACCUAUGUGGUCUCCUACUACCACUACUUCUCCAAAAUGAAGGCUUUGGCAGUUGAGGGAAAGAGGAUAGGGAAGGUACUGGACCAGGUGAUAGAGAUUGGGAAGAUCAUGGAGCAUUACGAGGAGCUGGCCUCAGAGCUGCUGGCCUGGAUUGAACGGACUGUGGCCCUCAUCAGCAACCAGAGGUUCGCCAACUCUCUCAGUGGUGUCCAACAGCAACUGCAGGCUUUCACUGCCUACUGCACCCUGGAGAAGCCCAUCAAGUUCCAGGAGAAAGGGAACCUAGAAGUUCUGCUCUUCAGUAUUCAGAGCAAACUUAGGGCCAGCAACCGGCGUCUUUAUGUGCCCCGAGAAGGCUGCAGCAUCUCUGACAUCAACAAGGCAUGGACACAACUAGAAAAGGCAGAGCAUGAGCGGGAGGUUGCUCUGCGAGGAGAGCUCAUCCGGCAGGAGAAGCUGGAGCUUUUGGCUCAGAGGUUUGACCACAAGGCAGCCAUGAGGGAGAGCUGGCUUAGUGAGAACCAACGCCUCGUGUCCCAGGACAACUUUGGGUAUGACUUACCAGCAGUGGAGGCGGCCAUGAAGAAGCAUGAAGCUAUCGAAGCCGAUAUCUCAUCCUAUGAAGAGAGGAUCCAGGCUGUGGCCGACUUGGCCCAGGCACUGGCUGGGGAGGGUUAUUAUGAUGCACGGCGUGUUGCUGCCCAGCGCGACAGUGUCCUGCGCCAGUGGGAGUUAUUGACUGGGCUUGUGGGAGCCCGAAGGACUCGGCUUGAGCAGAAUCUGGCACUACAGAAAGUCUUUCAGGAGAUGGUCUAUAUGGUGGACUGGAUGGAGGAGAUGCAGGCCCAGCUUGUGUCCAAAGAGUGUGGCCAGCAUCUCUUGGAGGUGGAAGACCUGCUGCAGAAACACGGGUUGCUAGAAGGGGAUAUCACAGCCCAGAGCGAGCGUGUGGAGGCCCUCAAUGCCACAGCACUGAGAUUCUCCCAGCUACAAGGUUACCAACCCUGUGACCCACAGAUCAUCCGAAAUCGAGUGAGCCACGUGCACGGUUGCCUGACGGAGCUUCAGGAACUGGCAGGCAGGCGGCGGGCAGAGCUGGAGGCAUCCCGGACCUUGUGGGCACUGUUGCAGGAGCUGGAGGAAUCCGAGGCCUGGGCACGGGAGAAGGAGCACCUUUUGGAGAGCAGGGCUAGCGGUGGAGGCGGAGGCCCCCAUGACCUCCCCAGCGCUGCCCGCCUCCUGGCCCAGCACCGGAUCCUACAGGGAGAGCUAGGUGGGAGGCGCGCGCUGCUGCAGCAGGCCCUGCAGCGGGGUGAGGAGCUAACGGCCAGUGGAAGCGGCGAUGCCGCAGCUAUGGGAUUGUUGGAGAGGGCAGCAGGUGCCCGGCGGCGCUGGCAGCGGCUGGAGGAGGCAGCAGCGAGGCGGGAGAGGCGACUGCAGGAGGCACGGGCCCUCCAUCAGUUUGGAACAGAGCUGGAUGGACUCUUAGCCUGGCUGAGGGACGCGUACCGCCUGGCAGCCAGUGGGGACUUUGGGCACGACGAGGCAUCAAGCCGGCGGCUGGCACGACAGCACCGGGCUCUGUCUGGGGAAGUGGAAGCUCACCGGGGCGUAGUGGCGGGCUUGCGACGGCAGCUGGCUGGGCUGGGUGGGACUGGGCGCGAGGCAGCCGCGGGCGCAGCGGCUGGUGGGGUCAUGGCGCUGCAGGUCCGCGUGGUGGAGGUGGAGCAGCUGUUUGCGGAGGUGGCAGAGGUGGCGGGCCUGCGCCGCCAAUGGCUGAGGGAUGCUCUGGCCGUGUACCGCAUGUUCAGUGAAGUUCACGCGUGCGAACUCUGGAUUGGUGAAAAGGAGAAGUGGCUACUCGCCAUGCGUGUUCCUGAUGACCUUGAUGAAGUGGAGGUUGUACAACACAGGUUUGAGAGUCUGGACCAGGAAAUGAAUAGUCUGAUGGGUCGCGUGCUCGAUGUGAAUCACACGGUCCAGCAGCUGGUGGAAGGGGGACAUCCCAGCUCCGAGGAGGUGCGCUCUUGCCAAGACCACCUCAACAGCAGGUGGAACAGCAUUGUAGAGCUCGUGGAACAGCGGAAGGAGGAGGUGAACUUGGUUCUCUCUGUCCAGAAUCACCUGCUGGAGUGUGCAGAGGUGAAGAGCCAGGUCCGAGAGCGGCGGAUGGCGGUAGAGAGUGCACCACGAGCUGGUGGGGCCCUCCAGCGCCUCCUCAGCUCCCUCGAAGCAGCUCUCCUUGCACUGGAGCCCAGGCUGCAGGCUCUGAGAGAGGAGGGUGAGGCUCUUGUUGCCCGUUACCCAGCCCAGGCCCCUCGGCUGCAGCCAGAGCUAGAAGAGCUGGACAUUGAGUGGGCAGCCCUGGGCCAUGCAGCUCAGAACUGUGGCGAGGCGCUGGCCACUGCCAGCCGGCUCCAGGGAUUCCUGCAUGACCUUGAUGCCUUCCUUGACUGGCUGGUGCAUGCCCAGGAGUCAGCGAGUGGUGGAGGACAGCUGCCAGGCUGCUUGGAGGAGGCAGAUAGCUUGCUGAGCCAGCAUGCUGCCCUCAAGGAAGAGAUGGACCGGCGGGAGGAGGAUUUCGGGCGCAUUCAGGCAGCUGGAGAUGCUCUGGCGGCUGAUGGGGCUGAGCUGGGGCCUGAGCUGGCCCUGGAAGACUGGCUGCCCCACUUGGAACUGGGCUGGCAGAAGCUGCUGAGUCUGUGGGAAGCUCGCAGGGAAGCGCUGGCCCAAGCCCACGUCUACCAGCUCUUCCUCCGAGAUGUGCGCCAGGCCCAUGCUGUACUCCACAACCAGGAGACAGUGCUGUCAGGCCUGGAGCUACCUGGGACAGUGGAGACAGUGGUGGAGGCCAUCAAGCGUCACCGGGACUUUCUGACCACCCUGGAACUGAACCUGCAGAAGAUCCAUGUGGCUGUGCAGGCGGGAGAAAUCCUGCAAAGGCAGGGAAAUGUCUAUGCUGAGGAGGCGCAGGAGCACGGGGCCCAACUGCUGCAAAAGAGCCAAGAAACUCAGCUUCGGGCCCAGCAGUGGAUGCAGUGUCUCUGUGACCAGCUGGAGCUGCAGCAUUUCCUAAGAGACUGUCAGGAGCUGGAUGGCUGGAUUCAUGAAAAGAUGCUGAUGGCUCGGGACAGUACUCGGGAGGAAGGUCACAAACUGCGGAAGCGAUGGCUCCGGCACCAGGCCUUCAUGGCCGAGCUGGCCCAGAAUAAGGAAUGGCUGGAGAAGAUUGAGAAGGAGGGCCAGCAGCUGAUGCAGGAAAAGCCUGAACUGGCGAGCUCUGUCCAGAAGAAACUGGGGGAGAUUCGGCAGUGCUGGGCCGAGCUGGAGAGCACUACCCAGGCCAAGGCUCGGCAGCUGUUUGAGGCCAGCCAGGCAGACCAACUGGUCCAGAGCUUCGCUGAACUGGACAAGCGGCUCAUGCACAUGGAGAGCCAGCUUCAGGGGGUGGACCCUGGGGGAGACCUAGCCACUGUCACCAGCCAGCUGAAGAAGCUGCAGACCAUGGAGUCCCAGGUAGAGGAGUGGUGCCGGGAAGUGGGGGAGCUUCAAGCCCAGACUGCAGCCCUACCUCUGGAACCCGCAAGCAAGGAGCUGGUGGGGGAGCGGCAGACAGCGGUGGGCACACGCAUCGUGCGCCUCAUCGAACCCUUGAAGGAACGGCGGCGCCUCCUGCUGGCCUCCAAGGAGCUGCAUCAAGUAGCCCAUGACCUGGAGGAUGAGAUUGCAUGGGUCCAGGAACGAUUGCCUUUGGCGACUCAGACGGAUAAGGGGAACAGCCUGCAAUCUGUGCAGCAGCUGAUUAAGAAAAAUCAGAGCCUCCGCCGGGACAUCCAGGGACACCGAGGCCGGGUGGAGGAGGUGCUGGAACGAGCCGGGGCCCUGGCCUCCCUGCGCAGCCCGGAGGCGGAGGUGGUGAGCCAGGGCCUGGAGCGCCUUCGGGGGCUGUGGAGCUCCCUGCAGGAGGAAGCCGAGCGGCGGCAGCAGGUGCUGGACGCGGCCUUCCAGGUGGAGCAGUAUUACUUUGAUAUGUCGGAGGUGGAGGCCUGGUUGGGGGAGCAGGAGCUGCUGCUGAUGAGCGAAGAGACGGGCAAGGAUGAGCAGAGCACACUUCAACUCCUGAAGAAGCAUUUGCUAUUAGAGCAAAGCAUUGAAAACUACGAGGAAAGCAUCGCCCAGCUCUCCCGCCAAUGCCGUUCCCUGCUGGAGAUGGGGCACCCAGACAGUGAGCAGAUCAGCCGACGCCAGUCUCAGGUGGACCGCCUGUACGUGGCCCUGAAGGAGCUGGGAGAAGAACGCCGGGCGCGCCUAGAACAGCAGUACUGGCUGUAUCAGCUGAGCCGCCAGGUGGACGAGCUGGAGCACUGGAUUGCGGAGAAGGAGGUGGUGGCUGGCUCCCCGGAGCUGGGCCAGGACUUUGAGCAUGUCACAGUCCUGCAAGAAAAAUUCACAGAGUUUGCCAGUGAGACGGGUAACGCCGGGCGGGAGAGGCUGGCUGCCGUGAACCAAAUGGUGGACGAGCUGAUCGAGUGUGGCCACACGGCCGCGGCCACCAUGGCCGAGUGGAAGGAUGGGCUCAACGAGGCCUGGGCCGAGCUGCUGGAGCUCAUGGGCACGCGGGCCCAGCUGUUGGCCGCCUCUCGGGAGCUGCACAAGUUCUUCAGCGAUUCCCGCGAGCUGCAGAGCCAGAUUGAGGAGAAGCGGAGGCGGCUGCCCCGCCUGACGGCCCCUCCAGAGCCUAGGUCCAACGCAGGCAGUAUGCAGCGGGCACUGAGGGCCUUCGAGCACGACCUGCAGCUGCUUGUGUCCCAGGUACGGCAGCUACAGGAGGGGGCGGCCCAGCUGAGAACUGUGUAUGCGGGGGAGCACGCUGAGGCCAUUGCAGGACGGGAGCAGGAAGUUCUGCAAGGCUGGCGGGAGCUGCUGGCCGCCUGCGAAGAUGCCAGGCUGCAUGUCAGCUCCACGGCGGAUGCCCUGCGUUUCCACAGUCAGGCCCGAGACCUGCUGACCUGGAUGGAAGGCAUCAUGGGCCAGAUCGGGGCCACUGACAAACCCAGGGAUGUGUCAUCGGUGGAGGUGCUAAUGAACUAUCACCAGGGCCUGAAGACUGAAAUCGAGGCCCGGGGCCCGGAGCUGGCCUCCUGCCUGGAGCUGGGCCGUUCCCUGCUGCUUAGCAAGAGCCCUAUGGCAGAUGAGAUCCAGGCUCAGCUGGAUAAAUUAGUGUCUCGGAAAGAGGCGAUGAUGGAGAAGUGGGACCAGCACUGGGAGUGGCUGCAGCAGAUGCUGGAGGUACACCAGUUUGCGCAGGAGGCCGUGGUGGCUGAUGCCUGGCUAAAUGCCCAGGAGCCUCUGCUACAGAGUCGAGAGCUGGGCAGCAGCGUGGAUGAGGUGGAGCAGCUGAUCCGGCGGCACGAGGCCUUCCGCAAGGCAGCGGCGGCCUGGGAAGAGCGCUUCAGCUCCCUUCGACGCCUCACCACGAUCGAAAAACUGAAGGCUGAGCAGAGCAAGCAGCCCCCCACGCCCCUUUUGGGCCGCAAGAUCUUUGGGGACCCUACGGAGCUGGCGGCCAAGGCAGCGCCCCUGCUGCGGCCCGGGCCCUACGAACGGGCCCUGGAUCCACUGGGCAGGAGGAGCCCAGAGCCUCUGGCCAUCCCCAGCCGCCUGGACUCGCCUCUGGCUGAAGGCCGAGCCAGGGUCGGCUACGUGCGUCAGGGACUAAAGCCUGAGAGGUUACAGCCGAGGCUUGACCGGCUCCAUGAGGGCACAGGAGAAGCACUGUCUGGGCUUGGGCUUGGGCUUGGGCUUGGGCUUGGGGCUGGGGCCGGGGCUGGGACUGGGACUGGGACUGGGGCCGGGGGUGGGGCUGGGGCAGAGGAGGCCAUUGGACCUCGGCGGGAAAGGCUCGAGUCCCGAGGGGCAGCCCCAGUGGAGGUCACAGUGGAACGGGGCCGACCCGAGCCACAAGUAUCCACCGAGCUGGAGGUGGGACGGGUAGAGGAACUGCCCCGGCGGAGAGCAGAGAGGCAUCCGGAAAGGCAAGAGUCCAUCGAACCUGAGCCCAAGCCCACUGCCAGCCUCACCCUGGGCCGCUAUGAGCAGCAGGAAAGGCGGAGGGAACGCAGAGAGAGGAGGCUGGAGCGCCAAGAGUCCAGUGAGCAGGAGACCCCCCGGGCGGACCCUGCCAGGGGGAAGGCCACCCUCGCUGACAUCGUCGAGCAGCUACAGGAAAAGGAGUCAAGCACGGGGCCAUUAGCCAAUGUCACCGCCACUGCCACUGCAGGGCCCUCGCUCCCCCAAUCCCGGGAACUCCCACCCUCAUUCCCUGAGCGGAUGCCCCGGCCUGACCGACCCCGUGCCCGCGACCGGCCCAAGCCCCGACGACGUCCUCGGCCCCGGGAUCCCAGUGGUGAAGGUGGUGCUGGGCGGAGGUCUCGCUCAGCCCCAGCCCAGGGCACCAGUGCCCCGCCCCCUCCACCACCUACCCACACCGUACAGCGAGAAGGCUUUUUGCUUCGUAAGAGAGAGCUGGAAGGGCCCAACCGCAAGGCAUCCAACAGGUCGUGGAUGAAUUUGUACUGUGUGCUCAACAAAGGGGACCUAGGCUUCUACAAAGAUGCCAAAGGCCCGUCAUCAGGUGGCACUCAUGGAGGAGAGCCCCUGCUCAGCCUGCAUAAUGCCAUCUGCGAGGUGGCCAGUGACUACAAAAAGAAAAAGAAUGUUUUCAAACUCAAGACCCACGAUGGCAGCGAGUUCCUUCUCCAGGCCAAAGAUGAGGAGGAGAUGAAGGGCUGGCUCCAGGCCGUGGAGAGCUCAGUGACGGAGCAUGCGGAGAUCUCCCGUUGGAGCCAGACGCUGCCCACCACAUCUUCCACUGACGAGGCUAACCCAAGGCCAGAGGGCCCGGCCCCCCGAAGAGCUAGUGGCCGCCGGAAGUGACCCUGCCUCAGGGUCUCCAGCACUGUUAUGGACCCAGGCCUUACCCCAGUGGGCGUGCCCAUGCUGAGGGCCCUGACAACCACACAGACAUGUCUUCCCCUCCACCUUCCCCACCUCCACCUGCCUGGGCAUGGAGAAACUUCACCCUUCUCCCUUUGUGAUGUGGAGAGAUGCCCCCAGGCCUGAACCUCUCCUCUGCCCAGUGGGCAUAGAGAGACCUGGACACUGAAAGAAGGGGGACUCUCCGGGGAGAAGUGUUCUAGGAUGGGGGAGGGGCCCUCAUGCCAUCGGCCCCUUGCUGGAGGCCUGCCCUCACAAGCCAUAUUGCUGUUCCUGCCCCUUCCCCAGGGUCUUGGGCUUCUUCUUUUUUUUUUAUGCAAUAAAUGAGGCGGGGGGAGGGGACAAGGGAGAGUAGUUUGGGU